AGGUGGUGUAAUGACAUUCAUGUUGGGCCCACCGGGCAUCCUUUCAAGUCGUGCAGGGGCCCAUAGGCUUCAGCCUGAAAAGGACUUCACGAGUGGGGAGAGAGUGUAGUGGAGGAUGUUAUGGCACAAGUGGAAUUAUACCAUUUAUAUGAUCAUUUGGGAAAGCGAAUUGCUCACGAGGAGGGGUUUUUCAUCCCUAUGAUACCAGCGGUGGUGGAGCUUUGCAUCCAAUCCAGUGUGGAUUUACUAGAGUAUCCCACCAAGAGGAGGAGAAAACCGAUAAUCCGCACCGGAAGGAGUGAGUUUAUCGACGCGGAUGAAUUAGAUUUACCGGGCCCCACUCAGGAACCUCCGAGACCACCGAUACUAGCUGAGGUUCUUGAUGCUGAGGUGUCACCUCCGUCAGGGAAAGAGGAAGUUGUUCUUCUUUCCGAAGAAACGCUCCGAGCUUGGGAAACCAUGAGAGGAGGAGCCAAGAGGCUGAUGAAGGUGUAUCCGGUGAGGGUUUGCGGGCACUCCUCGGAGGUGCACAUGGUCCCAGCGGGCACAAGGCACAGUGUUCUCAAGGCGUGUGGGGGUCUGGGAUGCCACGACGCGGUGUACGGAAGGAGUGUUCAUGGUCGCGUGAUCAAGACUGGGUUUUUGUCUGAUGUUGUUGUGGCGAGCUCUGUGGUGGGAAUGUAUGCCAAAGGGGGCAACUUUGGAUCUGCCACUGAUGAGGCUGGGGAAUGGGACAAGGAAUUGGAGCUGUUUGAGAAGAUGAAGGAGUCUGGGUACAAGCUGAAUUCUGUGUCGUACACGGCUGCCAUAUCUUCUUGUGUUAGGCUUCUUCAUUUGGACAGGGAGAGAAGAUCUAUGAGGAGCUGGCAAAUGACGGGUUUGCCUUUGAUGGGCUCGUUGCCUCUGCUCUUGUGGACAUCUGCACUAGAUAUUGGGAGAGAAGUUCACAAGAGCAUUGUUGCACAAAAGUUGGAUUCAAGUGAAAUAGUCAUGGGAGCACUCCUUGAUAUGCAUGCUAAGUGUGGUGCCUUGAAUGAAGCUCUUGAAGUGUUCCACCAUCUUCCUUGGAGAGACAUUGUAUUGUGGACCUCUAUGCUAGUGGCUUAUGGGUCCCACGGCCAAGCAGUUGAAGCUUUACGCCUCUUAAUGAAAUGCUCCAACAGUGUAAUGUUAAACCAGACAAAGUCACAUUCCUUGCAAUGGUUUCAGCUUGCAGCCACGCGGGAUUAGUUUCCGAAGUUGCCACUAUUUUAACCUAAUGGUAAUUAGUUAUGGAAUCAAACCCGAGAUUAAAGACUAUUCUUGUCU